AUACUUGUACGCCAGAACUUAUCUGCAACCAUCCCUUAAAGAGUCAACUACCUUAAUGUACUUAUUUUCCACGGCACAUCUAAAUCUUACCAAUCUUCAUUCAUAUAUAUACACGGACACCUGAAUCCAUUAUAGGCCCCCACAGACACACAUGUCUUCUGGCAAGAAAUGGUGUUUUAAGAAUAUAUUCGGAGCCAAUGGAGUGUGUGGAUGUGGGAGGACAAAGAAAGAAGACAUUUUCGAGCCAAAAGCAAAGCCCGAAACCCCAUCAGAAAAUCUUAAGUCUCUGGAUGAAAAUGAAGAGGAUUGCACUUCCUCCACAUUUUCUCUGAACAAUGAAACCCCAGAAAAUGAUCCAAUGUGCUCCAAAAUGGUCAGUCCAUGCCCAAAAAUCUGUGACAGUCUAGCCAUUGUGAAGGAUUCUGACGACCCUUAUCAAGAUUUUCGCAAAUCCAUGCUUCAAAUGAUCUUCGAGAGAGAAAUCUAUUCAAAAAAUGAUUUACAGGAGCUUCUCAACUGUUUUUUGGAACUAAAUUCACCUCAUCACCACCAAAUCAUCGUUAAAGCGUUUGUAGAGAUCUGGAAUAGCGUUCAUUCAAAAACUCGAGCCGCCGAUGCUGCCUCCAGCGCGGAGGAGAUCAAAAGUAGUCCUAUUGUUCUUCCAGAAGUGUCCCAUUCACGUGAUGCUUAGGCCAUGUGAAGACAUUAAAUUUACAGUUGAGAACAUGCACGGUGAGUUUUAGGCCUCAAAUUAAUGGGACGACUGAAAUGCAGAGAGGCCACAAUUUAAAUGGGUUCUGUUGACAGUAACAGAUGUAUGAUACGAUAAUACAUUUUCCUUAAUUGUCCGUAUCUUUGAAUGUACAUUUUCCGUAUGCAGACAUUUUUACUGCUCAUUGUGUCUCUGUCUAAUAUGAAUGAUCCAAAUUGAGGUUCAUCCUCCCAUUUUUGAUAAAUUAACCGCCACCACCGCACCUGAGAUGGCACUUUGGGGUGCGGGAGCAAUUUUUUUCGUUUACUGUCUGUAUAGCAAAAGAAAAACAUGGGUGCUUCCCGAGCUACAAGUCCUACAACACAGGAGC